GGGGGGCCGGGGGAGGAGGAAGGAGGGAGGGGAGAGCGGUGGCGGCGGCUGCGCCCGGCUGUGUGUCUCUCGCCGCCGGAGGAAGAUGAGGCUGAAGAUCGGGUUCAUCUUACGCAGUUUGCUGGUGGUGGGAAGCUUCCUGGGGCUCGUGGUCCUCUGGUCUUCCCUGUCCUCGCGACCCGACGACCCGAGCCCACUGAGCAGGAUGAGGGAAGACAGAGAUGUCAAUAACCCCUUGCCUAACCGAGGAGGCAAUGGACUAGCUCCUGGGGAUGACAGAUUCAAACCUGUGGUACCCUGGCCUCAUGUUGAAGGAGUAGAAGUGGACUUAGAGUCUAUUAGAAGAAAAAACAAGGCCAAAAAUGAACAGGAGCGCCAUGCUGGAGGAGAUUCCCAGAAAGACAUAAUGCAGAGACAGUACCUUACCUUUAAGCCGCAGACAUUCACCUACCGUGAUCCUGUGCUACGCCCAGGGGUCCUCGGGAACUUUGAACCCAAAGAACCCGAGCCUCACGGAGUGGUUGGUGGCCCUGGAGAGAACGCCAAGCCCUUGGUUCUGGGACCAGAAUACAAACAAGCAGUUCAAGCCAGCAUUAAGGAGUUUGGAUUUAACAUGGUGGCGAGUGACAUGAUCUCACUGGACCGCAGCGUCAAUGACUUACGCCAAGAAGAAUGCAAGUAUUGGCACUAUGAUGAAAACCUGCUUACUUCAAGCGUCGUCAUCGUCUUCCAUAAUGAAGGAUGGUCAACCCUCAUGAGGACGGUCCACAGUGUGAUCAAAAGGACACCCAGGAAGUAUUUAGCAGAAAUUGUGUUAAUCGAUGACUUCAGCAAUAAAGAACACUUAAAAGAAAAGCUGACCGAGUACAUAAAGCUGUGGAAUGGCCUUGUGAAGGUGUUCCGAAAUGAGAGGAGAGAAGGCUUGAUCCAAGCUCGGAGCAUCGGCGCUCAGAAGGCUAAGCUGGGACAGGUUUUGAUAUACCUUGAUGCCCACUGUGAGGUGGCAGUUAACUGGUAUGCUCCGCUCGUAGCUCCCAUAUCUAAGGACAGAGCUACAUGUACUGUGCCUCUAAUAGAUUACAUAGACGGGAAUGAUUAUUCCAUUGAACCACAGCAAGGUGGGGACGAAGAUGGCUUUGCCAGAGGGGCCUGGGACUGGAGUAUGCUAUGGAAACGUAUUCCACUAAGCCACAAGGAAAAGGCCAAAAGAAAACAUAAAACUGAACCUUAUCGGUCUCCCGCUAUGGCUGGUGGAUUAUUUGCCAUUGAGAGGGACUUCUUCUUCGAACUGGGUCUCUAUGAUCCUGGUCUCCAGAUUUGGGGUGGUGAAAACUUUGAAAUCUCAUACAAGAUCUGGCAGUGCGGUGGCAAAUUGUUAUUUGUGCCUUGUUCUCGUGUCGGGCACAUCUACCGUCUAGAGGGCUGGCAAGGAAAUCCUCCACCCCUUUACGUUGGCUCUUCUCCGACUCUUAAGAAUUAUGUGCGUGUUGUGGAAGUCUGGUGGGACGAAUAUAAAGACUACUUCUAUGCUAGCCGUCCUGAGUCCAAGGCGCUACCUUAUGGGGAUAUCUCUGAGCUGAAGAAAUUUCGAGAAGAUCACAACUGCAAAAGUUUCAAGUGGUUUAUGGAGGAAAUCGCUUACGACAUCACUGCCCACUACCCUUUGCCACCCAGAAAUGUUGAGUGGGGGGAAAUCCGAGGCCUCGAGACUGCAUACUGCAUUGAUAGCAUGGGAAAGACGAACGGAGGCUUUGUGGAGCUAGGACCCUGCCACAGGAUGGGCGGGAACCAGCUUUUCCGAAUCAAUGAAGCAAAUCAGCUCAUGCAGUAUGACCAGUGUUUGACCAAGGGACCCGACGGAUCCAAAGUCAUGAUUACUCACUGUAACCUAAACGAAUUUAAGGAGUGGCAGUACUUCAAGAACCUGCACAGGUUUAUGCACAUCGCCUCAGGAAAGUGCUUAGAUCGCUCCGAGGUCCUCCAUCAAGUGUUCAUCUCCAGCUGUGACAACGGUAAAAUGACUCAGAAGUGGGAGAUGAAUAACAUCCACAGUGUGUGACGAGAACGGAAGACGCCAACAGUCCACCUGCGGACAAGUACAUUUACGGAGGACUGAAAUCCGCCUGAAACCUGCUGCAACCAUUAUUGUUAAUUUUGUACAGCUCCAAACCUGGGGCCUCUCUGAUCAGUUGGAAGGGGCGUUGAUAAACUGUGAUUUUUACAAUAAUAUUAUCAUCUGCAGUUACUGUUUACAAAACUGCUCUUACCUUAAACUCUAGAUGUUUACAUCGUUUUUGUUUUGUUUCGUGAUGAUGUCGGUAAUUUGUACCUUUAACUCGGUGUCCCGAACCUCCGAGUUAAAGCGUUACGUUGUCUUCUUUGGGAAUACACUCAGGGGUCUGGAAGGCAGUUUGGUAUUUUCGUUGUUGAUGUUGUUCUUGUUUUUUUAACACACUUGAAAACAAACAAGGGUUGGAGUGAGCAGACUUUCACAUCCGACUUGGUGACGAUCAACCUGCUGUGUAUUUAAUUUUACAUCUUUCGGAAGCAUUGCCACGGGUUGUUGGCCAAGGCGGCCUUCCUUCAGUCACGCUGCUGUUUGAAAGGUGAAACUCAACACAUUUAGUGCCUCUUUGAUUUCUCAGUAUAUUUUUUGAGAGCUUCUAGUGAAAUUUCUAUGCUGGUAACCAUGAAUGGUAACAGUGAAUGUCACCUGGGGAAUCCGCCUGUUACUCACAUGUGAAUUUCUUGGCUAUGAAGUGGAACGGUGUAUGGCAGGAUCAAGGACCACGGUGGGGACAAUCAAGGCCGUUCAGUGGGGCAGACUCUAUGGCAUUACCUCCCUAGCCUGCGGAUGUUCUCAAAGCCCUCAGUUCUCACCAACUCCAGGCUCGCAAAGGAGUCUUCCUUCUGAAAAGAGGGGUUGGAUUUUGCCCAUCUACAUUUACAUCUGCUUCCCCCAGUACCAGUCACUUUAGAAAACGAGAAAUAAUUCUGUUUGAAAUGUGAAGGGCAGUUUGAGGGUCAGGAAAACAACACAACAAAGCCCUCCUGUGAAGGAAUGCCCUAGGUUGGGCCUGAGGUAAGAAUUCCUGCGUCCUUGUGAGAGGGAAGCCUUAGGAAGAAAGCCCAGCCCAGCCCAAGCUGUGGACGAAAUGAGCUGACACUUCGUUUGUCUUCGUUCAAAGGAAAUUCCAUGCGCAUUCUUUUUUAUUUU